AACUCCCAACCGACUGGAGUGCUCAUCCUACUGCUGUCUGUCGUCGCCCCCCACACAAUGAGGGUUUCUUCAUUGUACGGGCCUGCGGCGGCUGGCAUUUCGACCUUGUUUGCGCUUUUGCCGACCGUACACGCCGUGACCUUCAAUGCGGUCUCCACCCCCGAAAUCGACCUCUCCUCGCUGGGCCGGGUGACCAUCACAGGCGACUUUGACGGUGUAUCCCUAUACCAAUAUGAGGGCCAGUCUGAAAUCACCCAGCGCCAGGGCUCGUCCAUCCUAACCCCGCUUCCCAAUGGCAUUCUUACGAACCUCUCGUCCGCCGACGCACAGAUCCGAGACAUGUGCGCCUUCACGAAAAAGGAUGGUACUUUCGCGGGGAUAUUCGUCGGUGGUAACUUCACCAGCCUGGGAGGAGUCAAAUCGACUGGCGCGGCCUUGUUCAAUCCCAAUUCUAGCCAUGUUACAGCCUUGCCGGGCCUGACGGGCUCGGUCUCGACCGUACUCUGCGACCAGGACACCAACCGCGUCUACGUUGGUGGAGUCUUCUCCCACAAAAACACAUCCAAUGCCAUCGCAUGGUCUCCCAGCGAUGGUUGGACCGAGCUUGAAUUCGAUGGACUCAAUGGCCCCGUGAACUCGAUCAUCAAGGGUGAUAACGGCCAUAUCAUCUUUGGAGGAUCCUUUGAUGGUCUGGGUAACUCCACUACCUCGUCUAACAACAAGCAGAUCCUCAAUUUGCAGAAUGCAACCAUCACCUCCGACGCCGAAUCCUCCCUGACUGGCUACAUCGACCCCCGCAACGUGAUCUGUUCGACUAGUGGCGAAGCGGGCGCAGGCAAGACUUGGUUGCUUCACGACUAUGCUCCUGGAUACUGGCGGGCAUACUUUGGAUUUACAUUCAACCCGACUAAGGUUCGCCUUUACAACACUCACUUGGAUGGACGCGGCACCAAGAGCUUCUUGUUCCGGGCCCUUCCUGACAAUGGUAUCAUGAACAUGACCUACACCGACGACUCUGGAAAUACGGUUCACUGCGACUCGUCAUGCCCACUCUCCGACAGCACAAGCGAAAAGUACCGCGAUUUCACAUUGGUGAACCCCGUCGGUAUGAAGGGAUUCCAGAUCGAAGUUUUGGACUGGUAUGGCCAAGGUGCUGGAUUGAACGGCAUCGAAGUUUUCCAAGAUCAGAUUCUGUCUUACGCCGUCGAUGCGUUCAAUGAACCGAGCUGCGCGGGACUUGAUUACCCUUCCAGGUCUACUCGUACUGGCUCUUGGACUGUCGAGGAUGCUGGCUACCUGUCCGCGUCAGUGACUGAUUCCACUGACGCUGGCACCUCGGUCGUCUUCUACCCCGAUAUCAAGGAGUCCGGCAACUAUACCAUUCUUGUUUACACCCCUGGGUGUGUCCAAGAUAACAGCUGCAGCUCCCGUGGCAUGGCCAAUGUUACGGCCACUGUCGCGACUGGUACCGAUGCCUCGCAGCCCUCUCCCACAACCAUCUACCAGACCAACGAUUACGACAAGUACGACACCUUGUUCUCUGGCUAUGUCGAUGCCAGCAGUGACUCUUUCCGCCCCAGCGUUACCCUUCGUCCUAUUUCUGGUCAGGGAGACAUCACUCUUGUCGCGUCCAAGGUCCGGUUUGAGCUACUUUCCAACACCACCAGUGGCACUGGUGGCUUGAAUGGUCUGUACGACUUUGACCCUUCCUCCAAGACGACCGCCAGUCUUGAUAGUUCCGACAUUAAUGAGGCUGGCAACUCUCUUGACAAGGAUGCCGUGAUCAUGAGCCUGGUUGAAAAUGCUGGCGUCGUCUACGUGGCGGGCAACUUUACUACCAAGAAAAUCCACAAUGUCAUGUCUAUCACUGAUGGUAACGCAACUGCAAUGCCUAGCGGUGGUCUGAACUCCGAGGUGCUUGCCAUGACCACACUCCAUGAUAUUCUGUACGUCGGAGGUCUGUUCACCGAUACGUCUGACGGCGGUGCCGAUGGUCUCUAUCAUGUGGCUUCCUACUCCUCCUCUUCCAAGAAGUGGUCGGCCCUUGGUGAAGGCCUCAAUGGCCAGGUCGAUGCCAUUUACCCAGUCCAGCUUAACGUGUCGACGGCCAUCAAUGAGACCACCAUUGCCGUGAGCGGUAACUUUAACCAGAUCCGCGCCACCAGUGACCACCCAGCCAUCUAUGUUGCCGGCUUUGCUAUCUGGGUGCCUUCCAAGAAGGCCUGGCUGCAGAGCCUCAAUGACACCCAAAUGGAGUUUGCUGGUCAGCUCUCUGCAGUGACUACAUACAACGAGACCACACUCCUUGCAGGAAGCCUCGGUACGGAUGGAAUCACCGCGUCUGGCGCUAUCUCGUUACAAAACUCCAACGACCUGACCUUGGUUCCCCUGUCGAUGAAGACCAAUCACACUGCCUCCAGCGUUGGGGUUAUCACAGGUGUCUUUGACACCGAAUCCAACCGCAACUUGACCAUCGUUGGUGGCCAGUUCACUGCGCUGAGCAGCGACGGAUCCGCUAUCCACAACGUUGCCUUCCUGAAUGGCACUGAGCAGAAAAUUUUCGGCUUGCCCCAGGGCUUGGACAGCAACUCCACUGUCUACUCAAUGGCCGCGCACAACAACACUCUGUUCGUUGGUGGAAAUAUCACCGGAACCAUCGCUGGCUCUAGUGUGAGCGGUAUGGUGGCUUAUGACUUGUCCAGCAACUCGUUCAAGAAGAGCCAGCCCUGGUCUCUGACUGGCAAGAAUUCCAGCGUCAACUCCAUGGCCGUCAGACCUGGUUCAUCCGAUCUUUUUGUUGGCGGCAGCUUCGAAUCCGCUGGUUCGCUCCCUUGCAACACUGUCUGUGCUCUGGAUACCUCGGUCAACUCAUGGAGCUGGCCUGGUGCGUCGAUUAGCGGUUCUGUCCUGGCCCUUAGCUGGGCUAGCUCGAACACCUUGUAUGCUGUGGGUGAUAUUGAGAUUGGCAAUAAUAAGACUGUUGUCGCCACUUUAAAUCAGAAGACGUCGACUUGGACCGCCUUGUCUGGUGCGUCUACCUCUGACAUUACGGGAACCGUGACUGCCUUUGCUCCUGCUAGUGAAGAUAUCUCCAGCUUUUGGCUUGGCGGUACCUCCACCAACGGCUCGGCCUUCCUCCUGAACUAUGACGGAUCGAAGUUCCAGUCUGCGGGCUCUUUGUUCGCCAAGGGUACGACCAUUCGUGGCCUGGAGAUCCUUCCCAUCACCCAGGAGCACUCGUCUGUCUCUUUGUUGAAGAACGACCAGUCGCUGUUGAUCAUGGGCGAACUCGUCAUUCCAAACUUUGGUAAUGCCUCUGCUGCUCUCUACAACGGAACAGCUGUCACGCCUUUCAUCCUUUCUUCCAAGUACAACGGCGAGCCUGGUAGUAUGUCGCAAUUGUUCACGGAGAAACAGAACCCGUACACCACCUCAACUUCCCACCACUCCAAUGGCAUCGUCGUCCUGGUUGCCUUCUGCUGCGCUUUGGGCUGCGUCUUCCUCAUUGUCGCCGCCGGCGUCAUUGCAAACAAGAUCCAGCGCCGUCGCCAAGGUUACAGCGCCGCACCCCAGAGCUUCGGCACAGACCGACCAACCGACAUGCAGCGCGUGCCGCCAGAGUACCUCUUCAACUCCCUGCGCCAUCCCAACCCUGGCGCCCCAGUUAUCUAAUGAAUGCUCCCCCACCUUCUCCUGCUUGCACAAAAUUCUCUUCUUCCGCCCUCUUAUCCUCAAGAAAAGGCGUCCCGUUUGAUCAACAAUUUUUCUUUUCUCUUCUUUGGAAGCAACGUCUGCUUAUACCCACCCCUUGCAACCCUUCCCUCACUUAAUGUCUGAAUUCCUUUGAUUUUGCUAGCGCGCCUCGUGUUUGUUUUCGCGCUGGCCUUGUCUCCUCGCGAGUACUAUUUUGUGUGUGUGUGUGCUCUUCUGGCGGAUUGUGACCCGCCUUGACUUUGAUCCAUGUCCUCGAUUCUCCCUAUUGUGCAUAUGCUGUUGUACAUGUGUACAAGUGACAUUUGUAUGUAACUUUGUGAAUACGUCCUGGGGACGUGGAUAAUACUACGAUCUACCUCGU